GGAAAAGGCCAAAUCUAUUACAUUGAAUACAAUGACAUUGUUACUCUUGCUUCUUGCACAGGCGCAGUGCAAGACUGCUCCGAGCACGCCUACGCGCGCAUUUUCUCCCCUUCCUCUCCCUCUUUCCACUUUCCUCUCCCAUUUUCUCUUCUCCUUUCCCCCUCCCACCACUUAGUCUUUGAGUCUUUCAGUUAGUUCGUUUAUGUCUCUCCUUCCGACCCCCAGCCCCAGCUCCUCUCCUUUUCCUUUUCCCCCUCCCCCUUUCCUUUUCCGUCUCACGCGCCAGGCCGCUUGCACAUGCCCAUUAGGUACAGAGCCUCGCUCUUUGUCCCCAUCUGUCGUUCACACGAACGCAAGCCUUUGGCAUUCGGCAGCCAAUAGAAUCUAAGAAAUGGCGGAAAAAUGAUUCCGCCUCGGGAGAUAAACCUUGAUUGGCAGUUCAGCUAACCAAUCGAGAACGCCACUUUGUACCCCUUGGGAGGCACCGAGCUCCGUCGUCUCGUUUCCGGCGGUCGCGCGCUCUUUUCUCGGGACGGGAGAGGCCGUGUAGCGUCGCCGUUACUCCGAGGAGAGACCAGUCGGUAGAGGAGAAGUCGAGAUUAGAGAGAACUGGGAGGCACUUUGCUGUCUUUAAUCGAAGUUGAGGGUGCAAAAAUGCAGAGUAAUAAAACUUUUAACUUGGAGAAGCAAAACCAUACUCCAAGAAAGCAUCAUCAACACCACCACCAGCAGCAGCACCACCAGCAGCAACAGCAGCAGCCGCCACCACCACCAAUACCUGCAAAUGGGCAACAGGCCAGCAGCCAAAAUGAAGGCUUGACUAUUGACCUGAAGAAUUUUAGAAAACCAGGAGAGAAGACCUUCACCCAACGAAGCCGUCUUUUUGUGGGAAAUCUUCCUCCCGACAUCACCGAGGAAGAAAUGAGGAAACUGUUUGAGAAAUAUGGAAAGGCGGGCGAAGUCUUCAUUCAUAAGGAUAAAGGAUUUGGCUUUAUCCGCUUGGAAACACGAACCCUAGCGGAGAUUGCCAAAGUGGAGCUGGACAAUAUGCCACUCCGUGGAAAGCAGCUGCGUGUGCGCUUUGCCUGCCAUAGUGCAUCCCUUACAGUUCGAAACCUUCCUCAGUAUGUGUCAAACGAACUGCUGGAGGAAGCCUUUUCUGUGUUUGGCCAGGUAGAGAGGGCUGUAGUCAUUGUGGAUGAUCGAGGAAGGCCCUCAGGAAAAGGCAUUGUUGAGUUCUCAGGGAAGCCAGCUGCUCGGAAAGCUCUGGACAGAUGCAGUGAAGGCUCCUUCCUGCUAACCACGUAAGUGGGGGUCAUUUUCAGACAUAGACCUUAGA